AUGGCACCAAUGACAACUCCCGGCUCUCUCUCAGCUCUCGAGAGCCGCCUCCGCCGUCUUGAGUACUACAUCACUGGCCAAACUUCUCAAUCUCCCACCGCCGAGGCUGCAUCCUCAAAAGAGAAACCCUUGAAUGUGCGCGCCCGCCUCUCAGAUCUCGAGCAGAGCCUCAAUGAUCUCAUCUCACGCUCUCAAACCGCACGCGAACUCCUUACAACCUACCACAAGCACCCCUCACUCUUCCUUCCUAGUCCCGCUACACCCCCCACCAGUUCCGACCCAUCCCUCACGAAUCGCGAAAGGAUCUCUACAAUACUCGCCCUCGCUCCUUCCUACCAAGAAACAGCAUCUCGCCUCACCACGCUCAAAGACCUCCCCAUCCCACCUACUUCAGCCAGUCGAACACUCAUUUCCCUUCAACCAAGACUUGAACAAGUGGAGGCUGUGCAGCGGGAGCAGGCGAAGGAGAUUGAAGGGUUACGGGCGAGGAGUGCGCAUGUGCUUCAAAGAUGGUACGAAGUAAGCGUGAUAGGGGGAAACGAGUGCUGGGCUGAGUGGGAACGAAGGGUCGAAAUGGUUGAGAGAGGGGUUCGACAGAGGGAAAGGGCUAGGAAGGAGGAGGAGGUGCAAGGGGAGAAGUAUGGCGGGUGA